AUGCCGGCGUCCCAUUCGCUUGCGUUGCCACUUUCCGCCGACUACGCGCAUAACCCACGCGAGGGCUUCUCGUUCUUUCGGAGCAGUGGCAGCGGCGCCAGCCCUGCGCAGCCAGACGCCGCCAACACGACUACCUUGGACCGCUACUUGGAUGAUUUGUGUGCCUUCCUGCACAGCGCCAGGCUAAUCCAGUCCCACCCGGACAACUAUUUUCAGUUCAUCCGGGGCGAGACGUGGGCCGCGUCAGGCGUGCACUUUGACCGCUCCCCUGUCCAGGCAGAGGAGCUCGCGUACACCCAGUCGCUGCUGAGCGCGUUCAGACCACUCUUGCAUGGCGAUGGCGCCAUGGCGAAGCUGCGUGCGCUGGUGCGCGAUGGUCCACCGACAAGUGCAGCGCAGUGCGUCGGUCCACUGACCGGCGACUUCCACACUUCGCCGGCUUCGUUGUUGCCCGCCAGCGCCGCCUCUCUGGCCCCACUUCAGGAGUUCUACGCCGCCACGCGGCGCUUAAUGCUCGGCCGUGCACGGCGUCUUGAGAACGACGCCGCCGGUUUCACACUCUUCACAGAGGCUGAGCGGCUGGCCAUCGACCGCGACUCCGCCAGUGCCCAGGCGCAGCGACAGCACGAGCAUGACAUACUCGAUUUCGUUGUGUCACUAGGCAUGAAUGCGAAAAAGCAGCACGAGGUACGCAUCAUGCGAGAGACAAUACGCGAUCUGGUGCUGUGCUGCAACGCCAGCGUGGAACAGACGUCUGUGGCGCGAUUGCAGGCAGGGGAAGCGGACAACGGGAGGGAGGGGGGCGGGGAACACUGCAGUGGCAGCGCUGCUCAGGUUCGCACGAUGAUCAACAUAGGCGAGGGAAAGGGUUACGUGUCACGUGCAGUGGCUCUGUGCGACAGACUCCAGGUGGUCGGCCUCGACUGCAAUCCCGCUCACAAGGAGCGCGCUAUGGCGUGCUUUGAAUCGCUCUUGGAGAUGAGCCUCUCCUCACGCGAUGGGCAACCACGCGUGAACCUACUGUACGAGCCGCGCGGCCACGUGGCGAGUAUCGCCUGCCGCGUCGAGGAGAAGGUGGACUGGGAGUCGCUGCUGCAUGGCCACGUUCGAACGUGCGCGGACCCGUGUUGCGAGUUAUCCAAGAGAUGCGGUGACGGCACAUAUGCGGCUACGGGACAUCGUGCAGAGGAGCAAGGCGCUAUCGCCGAAGGCGGUGCCGUUGCCGUGACGCGCACUCACGGCGACGAGACGGUGAAGUUAACCUGCCGAGUCUGCGCCAAGGUUGUUCGGCAGGAGUCUACCACAGUCAUCAUGAAGCACGUCUACAGCCAUCUGCACGCUGGCACCUCGUCUGCACGAGCUUCGAGCGAGGUGGGCGGACUCAGUGAUGCGGAGGAAACGUCAGCUCUGACGUCACCGCGCCCGUUGCGCAUUCCCACAUUGGCGGAGGUGCAGCAGUGGAGUGCAUCGCUGUCCCAGCACGCGUACGUGGCGAAGUUAACGGAGCACUUCUUCACCCUCAGAGACACGGAGGGACGGAACCCUUCCAUCCGCGAAGGUUCGACGCUGCUCAAGCGAGCCUGCGUUGAUGGUGAGGGUGGUGCUGCACUGCACGUUAGCUUAAGUGAGGCCACACCAGGGUACCUCACCUUGGCGCCCCGAGCACACGGUGACGUGUGCAGCAGCACAGGUGGGGGUCGGCAGCAGCUGCCGCCUGUGCGGUUGUCUGUCACCCUUAAGCCCGCCUACACUGCUCGUGGCUAUCGCGUAGUGCUGCUGAUGGCUGUGGCAGAGACGGCCGCCUCCAGAGAGCCUCAUUUGCCUUCGCCAGCUGGGGCGAGCGGCGCAGUUAAUGGAGAGACCCAAAGUGCAGCGAUGAGACCGCUGAGGCACGGGUGCGACGCAGAGCCUGGCUUGAUUUCUCCCGCUACCGUGCACUCCCCACAGCUGUGGUCAUACACGCAGGUGAUCGCCACCAUUGUCGGCUACGAUGGUGGCGCGGAGAGCCACCACGUGUGCGUCGACCAGGAAUGCAAGAAGCGCACGUUACGGCUCUAUCGUCUACCGGCGGACGCCACAGCAGCAUCCCAGGCUUGUGCACUUCAGUCCACGAGGCGUCACGGUUGCCGAAUCGCUUGCAUAGGUGAUUGGGAGCUACCAGAUGCGGAGACGUGGGGUCGUGAGGGUGUUGCGCUCAUCUUGGCGGUGCUGCCGCCUGUUUUUCCCUCCACCCCUGCCGUGUACGUGCCUAGCGUGCGGAACACGGUCCUCGUUGGCCUGCACUCGUGCGGCGACUUGGGCUCGAACGUGUGCCGCAUCUUCCGCAACAGCUCAGCGCGUGGUCUGCUACUCGUCAGCUGUUGCUGGCACGCCUUGACGCCGCGGGGAUUCCCUCUCAGUCACGCACUACAGCGCCGCGGCUUGACCACUAACAGCAUCUCGCUCCUCCUCGCCACGCAGCCGCUGGAUGCCUGGUCAACGUCAUCGCCCGAGGGCCACCGCAGCUCCGCCAAGCUUCUCUUCUUUCGCAGCCUCUUCAAGCUCCUGUGGACACAACUGGCGAGGAGGUGGGAGGCGGGGCGGAGAGACGCGUCUGCGCCGCCCACUGUUGGCUGCGCACACGUUGACCCCCUGAACGGCGGUGACGCAUGCGCGUUCCCCGAAGUGCCGCCACAUCUCGAACCGGCCUUUCUUCGACGAAUCUCGCGCGACAAGGAAACGCUGACCUUCGCCCAGUUUGUGCAUGCUGUCGCUGCCGAGUACGUCUACGCCGAACCUUACAAGGACACCCCGUACACGCCGUGGAGCGUUGGGCAGUACUGCACAGAGUGUCGAGCGACGCAGGAGGCGUAUGUGCGGCACGCGCUCACGCAGGAGCGUCUGCCUGAGACAAUGGGGGCGAGCUUUGAGCAGGAGCAUUUUGCUUCCUUCCUCGGUCUAACAGUGCUGCGCAUGUGGAUGUGCCACCUGGUCGAGUCGCUGCUCCUGCUGGAUCGCACCCUCUACUUGCAUGAGGAGCUGUCGAAGUUCGAUACCCAUGGGGCAGAGGCACCAGCAGCCGGGGCGGAGAGUAGCGCAGUGGCACUUGUGCCGUUGUUUGACGGCGCCCUGUCGCCCCGUAUGUAUGGCGUGCUAGCCCGUCGUGGCGGAUCGGCGUGA